CCGAUUUUAAAAGGACAGCGGUGAGCGGGAGGAAGGCGACUGGCGCCAUCUUGGCUGUUUUAAUGAGUACAACAGGGGAGAAUUCGCUGGGAGAAAUAACAUAAUCAUUGGGAUUUCAUCGUAAAGGGGGUGCUCCCAGUGAAUCAUACCUCUGUGUGAGCCAGGGGAACCAGGGCGAUGUUUUACGCCCACUUUGUCCUCAGCAAACGUGGGCCGCUGGCCAAGAUCUGGCUAGCGGCCCAUUGGGACAAAAAGCUGACCAAGGCUCAUGUCUUCGAAUGCAACCUCGAGAGCAGUGUGGAGAGCAUCAUCUGUCCAAAGGUAAAAAGACAAAAGUGCUCUCUCUGCAUCCUGAUGAUCCUGCUGCAGUGCUUCAGCUCACAGUGCACGCUUCAGUGUUGCUUUAGCCCAGAGUUGUGGAAUGGCUUUUAUUCUACUGUUGAUGAUAAAGAGCUAAAUAAUAACACAUUUGUCUACCAAAGAAGAAUAAGGAUAAAUGAAAACACAUAUGAUUUCUCUCCAGUUGAUAAGCUACUGAGCUCUGAAGAUGGGGGAGGUAUCUUUGAUGACCCUCCAGUCCUCACAGAAAGCGUCAUGAUGCCUCCAGAUCACGGAGACGACGAGGACGACUUCGACAACCUCCAGUCACCGGGUCCAGAGAGCCCAGACUCCGGCCCAGCAGAGCCCCUGCCAGCCAUGGCUGACCAGACAGAGCAGACCACUCUGGUUCACAAUGAGGAGGAGGCCUUUGCCCUGGAGCCCAUUGACAUCACUGUGAAAGAGACCAAGGCGAAGCGUAAGAGGAAGCUGAUUGUGGACAGUGUGAAGGAGCUGGACAGUAAGACUAUCAGGGCCCAGCUGUCGGACUACUCGGACAUCGUUACCACUCUGGACCUCGCACCUCCCACCAAGAAGCUCAUGAUGUGGAAGGAGACCGGAGGGGUGGAGAAGCUUUUCUCUCUGCCCGCUCAGCCCCUGUGGAACGCCAGGCUGCUCAAGAUGUUCACCCGCUGCUUGACGCCUCUGGUGCCCGACGAGCUGAGGAAGAGGAGAAAGGGCGGCGAAGCAGACAGUCUGGAUGAGUUCCUCAAAGAGCUGGAGAACCCAGAGGUGCCCAGAGAAGAGGUCCUGAAUCCGCACAGAGAUGUUAUCGACCAAACUAUCAUGGAGGAUCCCAGCAUGCUGUCAGCCUCUGCGGUGGAGGGCAGCAGGACCACCCUGGACGAGACAGUCAUGCCUCCUCCCUCCACCCCUCGCGGGGUCAAGCGCAAGACCAUCGACAAAGAGGUCCCCCUACCUGUGAGUACUUGUCACCUUCCUUCUUCUGUCUCAAAACAUUGGAAUUGAGUUUGCAAAAUGUUUCCAUAGAACUUCCA